AUGUCAUUUACGAACGACAGCUGCAUAAUAGGCAAUAGCGUCCCCUUAGUUGUUACCGAAUUUGGGUAAUCGUUAAACCGUUGUUAUCAAAAGAAAAAACAACAAGACAAUGUUUCAUUGGCCAAUGGUGUUAUCAUCGUGUCGCUCGUUACGUGUUUGGUAAAAAACUAUAGUGAAAAGCGAUAGCGACAAAGGGACACUAAAUUUUAUUGAAAAUGGCUGGGAAUUUUUGGCAAAGUUCGCAUUAUCAACAAUGGAUAUUGGACAAACAAGAUCUAGUCAGAGAGCGUCAAUUAGAUUUACAAAUUUUAAGUGAAGAGGAAUAUCAAAAAAUAGGAAUUUUCUUUUCUAAUUUUAUUCAAAUUUUAGGUGAACAACUAAAACUUAAACAGCAAGUAAUAGCUACGGCAACUGUUUAUUUUAAAAGGUUUUAUGCCAGAAAUUCUCUCAAAUGUAUUGAUCCUUUGUUAUUAUCUCCAACUUGUGUUUUCUUAGCAUCAAAAGUUGAAGAAUUUGGUGUAAUAUCAAAUAGCCGUUUAAUAACUACUUGUCAGACAGUUUUGAAAAAUAAAUUGAAUUAUGCAUAUACCCAAGAAUUUCCUUAUCGUACUAAUCAUAUAUUAGAAUGUGAAUUUUAUUUAUUGGAAAAUUUGGAUUGUUGUUUGAUUGUAUUUCAACCUUAUCGUCCGUUGCUUCAAUUGGUUCAAGAUAUUGGGCAACAUGAAGAUCAAUUAUUGGCAUUAGCGUGGAGAGUAGUGAAUGAUAGUCUAAGAACUGAUUUGUCAUUAUUAUAUCCACCAUAUCAAAUAGCUAUAGGAUGUUUACAAAUUGCAUGUGUUAUUAUGCAAAAAGAUCUCAAAUCAUGGUUUGCAGAACUCAAUGUGGACAUAGACAAAAUACAAGAAAUAUCCAGAUAUAUAAUCAACCUAUUUGAAUUAUGGAAAUCUUAUGAUGAGAAAAAAGAUAUUCAAGGCCUACUAAAUAAAAUGCCUAAACCUAAAUUACAGCCCACCCGAUAAUAGUUUAUUUUUAUUAACAAUUUUUUUUUACUUUUUAUACACUAAAACUAAUUAAUAUUUCUUAUUUCAAAA